AUGGUCAAGUUGGACGGGAUGACGUCUGCUGAGCUGCGUCGUGUCCUGGCAGCCGAAGUUGAAGACGCUCGUUGCAUCGACGAGCUCGCUCAGGCACUCGAAGCAGUUGCGCUGGGCGACGAGGAGUCGGACGACAUGAUCACAGUCCUAGGUGAAGCAGGAAUCGAUCCAACCAGUGUAGAAGAUGACGAGUAA